GCCACUACACGGGCUGACCUGAGGGUGGCAGUUUCUGCCUCAAGGUUUUAGAGAUCAGGCCCCUGAUAUAUAAAGAUGCCUACGGAGAGCGGAUCCCAUUGUAUACGGCUCUCUCCGCUGUCCACAGGGCCACCAUUUACCGUCGUGAUUGACGCCAUCUAUUCAUAUAUUCGUCAUCCGCUUCUCCAGCACAGGCUCAUCUGGUUGGUGACGUCAGCGGAGUAUAUAAGGGGGCUGGAGUUCAAGUGGACCACGAAAACAAGACCUGUUUGUGAAUCCUCAGUCUUAACGCGCCCACCGGACACCGGAGUCCGUCUAACACGAGAAAACACGCCAAAGUAAACAAUCUUGAUGUUAGAACGCAGAUUGAGGAACUUUCUACAUACUUUCUCCUGACCGAAAUCGUAUUUUUAAAAGCGACGUGUUUUUUUAUCUCUACUUUCGCAUAUUGGUGAUGCCCGCUGGUAUGUUUAGCAUCGACAGUAUUCUGGCAGGGAGACCCACUGGCAAGGAUUCGGUGCUUCUCCAUCGGAAUGCUCCGGUGGUGUUUUCGAACCUCGCGGAUUCCAUCUACACCGCUGCUGAUUAUAAUGGACUGUAUUCGCACACAACCGGACCUUCGCCCCCGGGAAUUCAGGCGGUGAACGGGACUAGAAUAGGAUAUAAUAACUAUUAUUACGGACAACUGCAUGUGCAGGGCCCUACUGGCCCUGCGUGCUGUGGCGCUAUCCCUACUCUCGGCUCGCAACAGUGCCCGUGUAUUCCAACAGGUUAUGACAGCACAGGAUCCGUACUCAUCUCUCCCGUCCCGCACCAGAUGAUGUCCUAUAUGAACGUGGGCACCUUGUCUCGGACGGAGUUACAACUCCUAAACCAGCUCCACUGCCGACGCAAGAGAAGACAUCGGACCAUCUUUACCGACGAGCAGCUCGAGGCCCUGGAAAACCUCUUUCAAGAAACCAAGUACCCAGAUGUGGGCACGCGGGAACAGCUCGCGCGGAAAGUGCACCUACGGGAGGAGAAGGUCGAGGUGUGGUUCAAAAACAGACGAGCGAAAUGGAGAAGACAGAAAAGGUCGUCCUCCGAAGAGUCUGAAAAUUCACAGAAAUGGAACAAAUCUACGAAAACGCCCACAGAGAAAACUGAGGAAAACAAAAGUGACGUGGAUUCUGACAGCUGAUAUUGGUUUAACACAACUAAGACAAAAUACAUGCAUAAUCGCGAAUGUUGUUUGGACUUGUACAUAGUGUAAAUGUCACGUGGACUGAAGUAAUGAUAUGUGUUGCCACGAUGUUGCACAGUUGUAUAGUAAAUCUUAGUUUUGUUAUUGCUAUGGGGUAGGCUAUUUAUAUUUAAUUUAAAGUGUAAUAUUACUUAUACAGUCCUGAAAAUGUGAUGCCUGGAUACAUUUUCUGGCGUCUCAGUAUUUCGCGAUCUGUCGACUUUUCAUAUGGAAAUUACUAAAUGUUAUAAAUAUGAUAUAAUUUUAUUUUACUCUAGUGGUUCCUCACCACGAUUUACCGCAAAUAAUUUUCUGAAAUGGCAUCCAUGGGAUAAUAUAUUUUAGAGUUGCAGUCACAAACGUACAUGGAACUUUAGCCUAGACGCUGGCAACCUUCAAAAAAGGCCUAGGGCCUACCUAAAAAUAAAAACAAGUGCAUUUGUCAACUCUUUUAACAUAGCCUACCUACAGACGUGUUUGGGGAUUUGACUGAAACGUAAUGUCUAUAUGUUGCAAUUAUUGAUAAUUACACUAACAAUGAAUAUACAUUAAAUCAUAUAUGAAUCAUCUCUA